GAAAGUGUGAGCGACUACGACUAUCGGACGAGGCAACAAGAAAACUCGAAAAGCAGCAAAAAAAAAAAAAAAACUAAGAAAAAACACACACACACAAACUCAAAAUCCCAUCACAACAACAACAAGAACAACAACAUCAAACGGCGGAAAUAACAAACGAAUACAUUUCUAUCCAAACGUGCGAUCAAUUGGCCAGCCACAAAAACGGACAACCAACUGGACAUUUUCUGAUUGGUCAGAACGUGCCAAAAACAAAAAAAACAAGCAAAAAAAAAAAAAAGAACAAACGUCAUCAACAACAACAACAACCAUACUCUCAACACUCUCAAGAAAGCAGAAGAAGAACACGUGCAACAAUGUCACAUCAAUGCAGCUGCGGACGCGAUCUCAACAAUAACUAUGUAUCCUAUACGAGUGCCUAUGCCAAUGCGAAUACAGGAUUGGAUCGCGAGGCAAAUGCAAAUGGUAAUGGCAAACCCACACAACUAACGGCCAAGGUUAUGUUUGGAACAGUUGGAGCCAUCAAGGAGCUACGCGACAAGGAGCAACAGCAAUCGAGGCAUGCGGCAACAACUCGAGCCGGUGAACGGCGCAACUGAAAUUGGCUAUGGGCUGUACGGAAGCAAGUUAAGGAUAUUUUAGUUGGAGUAGCAGAUGGUGAUACAGGUGUGACGUACAUAAAUAGGAUCAGAACGAAAGUAGAGAAUGGAAAGGAGAGAUUGCUGGACAAGUGCUGUGCUAGUUGAGAUUGGGUUUUGGAUUUUAAUAAUGGGAGAAAUCAAUCAAUAAUAAAGAUGAUGAUGAUGAUGCAGUUGCCCCCAUUCGCUGUCUAUCCCCUAUACCAGACCCCCCCCCCCCCACUCACCAAAACUUCCAUAAAAAAUAAAGAAAUGAAACCGAAACUGCGUGUGGUCAUGGUUAGAGAGGCUUAACAACAAGAAAAAUUAUAAUAAUAACAAAAAUAAUUAAAUUUUCAAACAAAAGAAAAGGAAAAGUGGCAAAAAAAAAGAAUUACAUUCCGUAAAAAUUUACAAGCCAAUUGCAAUUAACUUUACUGGAUUCUUUUUUGUUUAAAAAAAACCUCCUCGCUAUAUCCCUCUCGCUCUUGCUCUCUAUCUGUCUGUCUUUCUUGCUCACUCUCUCCCUGUCUCUUAUAAUUUAACUAACAUCCUUUUACAAUUGUAAAUUAUUUCAAUAAUAAUACUGCAAUUUUAGCUGCUGUUCCUUAAGUUCCACUACAUCAUUUGCUCUGACUUAAAUGUAAUUUUUUUCCCCUAGGGCUUUAUUUUUCGGGCAUUAAAAACUCCUAAGAGAUAAAUUCGAUGUAAAUUGUUUAUCAUAUUUAUACAUAGUGCAAUACCUUAGCUAUAUAUACAUAUAUACACACACAC